AGGAAAUUGAAGUACACAGAGAAAUUUAUUCUUGGCUGAAGCGGUAAAGUGAGAGAAAGAAUUCAAAUGUUUGUUAGUUCGCAUCAACCACGCGCAACGUGAAGAUUUCAAACAGCAAGGAGCUUGGAUUUCAAUCAAACUAAAAACACCCAAAACGUAUUCUCUUGUCUCGAUUAUUUUCGUUUCACAAAAGUCAAGACAUCUCUACAUACGUAUUAACACUUUGUGUAAAUACUGAGGGAUAUAACUCGUGCAAAAUCGAGUAUUCAGAAGUUAGGAUUCGACGUCGCUUGGUCGGCUUGGAUUAUUCAGAGUGAGGCUGAGGCAAUGAGCAGCUUGAAUCCUGCAAGAAGAGAAAGAACACACAAACUUCAUGAAUGCGAUGUUUGUGAGAAAGGAUUUUCACAUGGUAGUCAUUUGGUUAGCCAUCAAAGAACACACACUGGAGAGAAACCUUAUGCAUGUGAUGUUUGUAAGAAGAGAUUUUCAUGUGGUUAUCAAUUAGUUAGACAUCAAAGAACACACACUGGAGAGAAACCUUAUGAAUGUGAUAUUUGUAAGAAGAGAUUUUCACAGGCUACUAAUUUGGUUAGUCAUCAAAGAACACAUACUGGAGAGAAACCUUAUGAAUGUGAUGUUUGUAAGAAACGAUUUUUACAGAGUAGUAAUUUGUUGAGCCAUAAAAGAACACACACCGGAGAGAAACCUUAUGAAUGUGAUGUUUGUAAGAAGAGAUUUUCACAGGGUAGUCAUUUGGUUAGACAUCAAAGGACACACACUGGAGAGAAACCUUAUGAAUGUGAUGUUUGUAAGAAGAGAUUUUCACAGAAAGGUAAUAUGCUUACCCAUCAAAGAACACACACUGGAGAGAAACCUUAUGCAUGUGAUGUUUGUAAGAAGAGAUUUUCAUGUGGUUAUCAAUUAGUUAGACAUCAAAGAACACACACUGGAGAGAAACCUUAUGAAUGUGAUAUUUGUAAGAACAGAUUUUCACAGGCUACUAAUUUGGUUAGUCAUCAAAGAACACAUACUGGAGAGAAACCUUAUGAAUGUGAUGUUUGUAAGAAACGAUUUUUACAGAGUAGUAAUUUGUUGAGCCAUAAAAGAACACACACCGGAGAGAAACCUUAUGAAUGUGAUGUUUGUAAGAAGAGAUUUUCACAGAGCAGUAAUUUGCUUACACAUGAAAGAAAACGCAUUCGAGAGAAACCUUAUGAAUGUGAUGUUUGUAAGAAGGAAUUUUCUUAUGGUAGUAGUCUUCAUUUGGUUAUACAUCAAAGAACACACACUGGAGAGAAACCUUAUGAAUGUGAUGUUUGUAAGAAGAGAUUUUCACAUGGUAGUAGUUUGGUUAGGCAUCAAAGAACACACACUGGAGAGAAACCUUAUGAAUGCGAUGUUUGUGAGAAACGAUUUUUACUCAAUAGUAAUUUGUUGAGCCAUAAAAGAACACACACUGGAGAGAAACCUUAUGAAUGUGAUGUUUGUAAGAAGAGAUUUUCACAUGGUGGUAGUUUGGUUACACAUCAAAGAAAACACACUGGAGAGAAACCUUAUGAAUGUGAUAUUUGUAAGAAGAGAUUUUCACAGGCUGCUAGUUUGGUUAGUCAUCAAAGAACACACAGUGGAGAGAAACCUUAUGAAUGUUACAUUUGUAAGAAGAGAUUUUCACAGGCUGGUAAUUUGGUUAGACAUCAAAGAACACACACUGGAGAGAAACCUUAUGAAUGUGAUGUUUGUAAGAAGAGAUUUGUAUGAGGUAGUCAUUUGGUUGCUCAUCAAAGAACACACACUGAAGAGAAUUCUUAUGAUAUGAUGUUUGCAAGAAGAGAUUCUUACGGCAUAGUAAAUUGA